AUGAAGGGCCCCACGGGUACUUUGAAAGUUGAAUUUCGCAACGGAGUGGACUCGUCCGGCGAGGCUCCAAUAAGCCGUGAUACUGACCACUCGAUCAACGAUGAUGCACCAUAUACCAUAGGAUGGAUAUGCGCUCUGCCGCUGGAGCAGACGGCAGCCAUAGCGAUGCUUGACGAGAUUCAUGACAAUAUACAGGUCUCUAAGGCACUCAACGACUGUAAUACCUAUACGCUGGGCUCCAUUGGCAAACAUAAUGUUGUCGUAGCCUGCCUACCGAAGGGUCAGAUGGGAACGGUGUCAGCAGCAACAGUCGCAACACGCAUGGUCUCAACAUUCCCAUCCAUCAAAAUUGGACUUUUGGUUGGGAUUGGGGGCGGUGUGCCGCCUACAGUCAGGUUGGGCGAUGUUGUCGUCAGCACUCCCACUACGAACUCUCCGGGAGUGGUUCAGUGGGACUUUGGGAAAACGAGAUCUACCGACAAUGGCAAGGCCACGGAGUUUGAACGAAUUGGGGUACUCAACAAGCCUCCAACUUGCCUGCUCACGGCAAUCUCCAAGCUUGAGUCUCUUCAUGCCCUGCGUGGCUCGCAGAUUCAGAAAUACCUGGAUGAAAUGGGAAACAGGUGGCCUCGCCUUCUUCCCAAGUACGCAAGGUCUGCCGUCCUUCAUCGGGACUUCCUGUUCUCAGCGAGCUACUGCCACGUAGGCGAGAAGCUAGAAGAUGCGAACGCUCAGGGCUCAGGCUGUGAGGAUGGUCACAUAGCGAGCUCUUUCACAUUGGUAGGUUCAGCUUGCCGAUCCUGCGAUCCAAAGAAAGCCGACGAGAGAAACCAUGAAGGCGACAUUCAAAUCCACUAUGGCCUUGUCGCUUCGGGCAACCAAGUAAUCAAGGAUGCCAUUUCUCGAGACAGGCUGAACAAACAACUGGGUGGCAACGUCAUGUGUAUCGAGAUGGAGGCGGCAGGCUUGAUGCCAGAUUUCCCCUGUCUGGUGAUUCGGGGAAUAUGUGACUAUGCAGACUCGCAUAAGAACGGCAUCUGGCAAGAAUACGCUGCAGCCUCUGCGUCCGCAUUCGCCAAAGAACUACUCAGUCACGUAGACUCGAGCGACAUUCAUAGAGAGAAAUCAAUACAGCUGAUGAUCCAGGACGGACUUACUCGAACGCGGUGCUUCCGUUUUGAUAUGGGUUCAGAUAGCCAUAUGCUAAUAGACAUCGCCGCAGAAUCUGGAAACAUUGAAGCACUGAAAACCUUCGUGAAUAAGAGCUCCAACCCCUUCGGCCGCCGCGUCGACGGGUCAACCUGUCUCAUCAGGGCUGUGAAAGGCAGCAAGGUACGAUCAGUCAUUGCCUUGAUACAAGAGGGCUGCGACGUCAACAUGACAGACGUAGACGGAAGAUCACCUCUUUCAUUUGCAGAAAGGCACUCCGACGGGGAGAUAGUCACGAUUCUCCUUGACAACCAUACCGUCGUCAAUAAUGUGGAUCGUUGUGCGAUAUCCCCUCUCGCAAUUGCGGUGGAGCUCGGGAACCUAGACGUCAUCGAGAUGUUUCUCGGGAGAGAGGCCCUCCUCGUCAACACGAACAUUUUCAUAGGGUGGGCCCCAGAGUUCAAGCAACUCGGUGGUCGCAUGGUAAGGUGCAAGAGGUUCCCCCGAGAAAAAGAUAUAUCCACAGAAUUUUGUAUGACGCCUUUGUUUCUGGCAUCUGCCUUGGGUUUCACCGAGAUAACAGACUUGUUGAUAAGCUACGGAGCGAACCUCGACACCCAAAGGUCCGAUGGACAGACUGCGAUGACCAUUGCGUCCAAAACUGGGCUUAAAGAUAUGAUCAAGUUGUAG